AAAACGUGACGUAGGGCUUUACGUGGAGUAGUCUGUUAGAGAUGGCGUCCCUUCUGCAGCCAGACAGGGUACUCUACCUAGUUCGCGGAGAGAAAAAGAUCCGAUCCGCGUUGUCUCAACUAUACUUCUGCCGUUAUUGCAGCGAAUUGCGUUCACUGGAAUGUGUGUCACAUGAAGUGGAUUCACACUACUGCCCUAGUUGCCUGGAAAAUAUGCCGUCAGCAGAGGCAAAACUUAAAAAGAACAGGUGUGCCAACUGCUUUGACUGCCCAUGUUGCAUGCAUACUCUGUCCACUCGAGCCACCAACAUACCUGCCCCCCUUCCCGAUGACCCCACUAAGACUACCAUGAAGAAGGCCUACUAUCUGGCUUGUGGGUUCUGUCGCUGGACCUCCCGAGAUGUGGGCAUGGCAGACAAAUCCGUUGCCAGUGGAGGAUGGCAAGAACCAGAGAACCCGCAUACUCAGAGGAUCAAUAAGCUGAUCGAGUACUAUCAGCAGCUAGCCCAGAGAGAGAAACUGGAGAGGGACAGGAAGAAGCUGGCCAGGAGGCGGCCUUUCAUGCCCCAGGCCUUCUCGCAACACACUAUUCACGUGGUGGAGAAGUAUGGCUUGGGAACCAGGCUUCAGAGACACCGGUCAGGCGCUCCCAUCACCAGUCUCUACGGCCUGUCCCUUAAAGAAGGGGAGGAUCAAAAAGAGAUCACCAUUGAGCCUGCACAGGCCUUGGACGAGGUGGAGCCGCUGCCUGAAGACUACUACACCCGACCCGUCAACCUCCCAGAGGUGACCACCCUGCGGCAGAGGCUUCUCCAGCCAGACUUCCAGCCGGCGGGGGCGUCUCAGCUGCACCCCAAACACAAGCACCUCCUGAUCAAACGCUCACUGCGCUGCAGGAAAUGUGAGCACAACCUGAGCAAGCCGGAGUUUAAUCCAACUUCUAUAAAGUUCAAAAUCCAGCUGGUGGCUGUGAGUUACAUCCCUGAAGUGAGAAUAAUGUCCAUCCCCAACCUUCGACACAUGAAGGAGAGUCAGGUGUUGCUGACCCUCACCAACCCAGUGGAGCACGUCACCCACGUCACCCUGAUCGCCUGUGAGGAGGGCGACUCCGACGACGUCAACAGCACUGCCAAGGUUAUGGUUCCUUCAAAGGAGCUGGUUUUGGCAGGGAAGGAUGCGGCCGCAGAGUAUGAUGAACUGGCUGAACCACAAGACUUCCAGGAUGACCCAGAUGUGGUGGCGUUCCGGAAGUCCAACAAGAUGGGCUUCUUCAUCAAGGUGGUGCCGCAGCGCGAGGAGGGCGACGUCACCGUGGCGUUCCGGAUGCGCCACGACUUCCGCAACCUGGCCGCGCCCAUCCGGCCCAGCGAGGAAGGCGAGGCCCCCACCGAGGCCGUCUGGCUCACACACCACGUGGAGCUGAGCUUGGGGCCUCUGGCACCCUGAGCAGACUCCACACACACUUAUAUACACACAUACACACACACACACACACACUCAUGCAGUGUACACGCACUCACGUGAGCUCCCAAAUACAUAUCAGAGAGAAUAAAACAUACAGACCACACACACACACACACACACACACACACACACACACACACACACACACACACACACACACACACACACACACACACACACACACACACACACACACACAAACACCAUUGGAGCACUUCCAAACACUCACAACAUCACACACUACUUGUUAGCCCAGAGACCUUGUCAGCUACAUGCUAGCCAGCUAGUCAUCCAACAUGUACUUAGGAAGCUAUUUAACUGCAUGCAGUUGCUGUGUCCUGUACCGGUCAUGUCCUAUGCCCUUGGCAGACAGGAUCCUGCCACAGGGUUUUAGAGUGCAAUGGCGCUGUUCCUCUUCGCACAGUUUAUUGUUAGCAAAACACAAAGGAGGUUGUAGAAGAGACGGCUAGUGGAACAGAAGCUCAUUCAGUGUUCAGAGGUGAAGCAACGUCCGGUUGGAUCCAUGCUUGGGAGUGAAAUGACAUCAGAUAGGUUUUUUUUUUUUUCCUCUUUCUUUUGUUUUAUUUAUUUGUUUUUUUUCCGAAGGUGAGAUUUCUAAGCAGUAUAGUUAUGAUUAUACAGCGAUAGAGAAUGUUGUUAAAACAACCAUUUUUCAUAUAUGUUCUUUUGUUGUUGUUUUUGCCUUAUUUUUUUAACACAUUUUUCAAAGAAGAAGGCCUGUAUUAAGAUGAGCGGAUGAAUGAAUAUGGUUAAUGAAUAUGUUUUUAUGUUUUUUGUUUUUGUUUUUGCCUGUGUAGCUUGCAGUCCCUCUUUGUUGGUUUCCCCCUCAAGUCACUGGCCUUGUGAAAGCUUUUAUUAGGCAUAUUUGCUGACCUUUGACCUUUUUCUUAGACAUUGUUCUCAAUCUCAGCAUUCCUUACCUUCUGAUGUCAACGUAAAACUGUUGUGAUUGCAGAUAUUUUAGAAACGAUUUGUUAUUGAAUUUGUUGCGUAUUCUGCCGUUUCUGUGCCGCCCCAUCUGGUGGCAAAACUUGCAAAUUUAUUGGCUUCUGCUUCUAAUCAAUAAAACCCUACAUGCAG